GGGGAAUCGCGUAAUGGCGGACACGGGCCGGGCGAGCGCAACUGGGGGCGUAGUGCAGUGAGGGGGGUCCGGCUGUGUGGCAGCCCGCGAGGCGGUUCGCGGGGCCACACCCCGUGUGGAGACGGGGCGUCCGGCCGGCCCUUCUUGUCUCUGAGGGCGACCGCGCGAGGCCAGGUUGUUUUUCAUCGUUCAGCACAUCGCCUGAAGCAGGUCCACCAUGCCAUUGGUGACGAGGAACAUCGAGCCGAGGCACCUGUGCCGGCAGACGCUGCCCAGAGUGAGAAGCGAGCUGGAAUGCAUGACCAACAUCACCCUGGCAAAUGUCAUCCGACAGCUGGGCAGCCUGAGUAAAUAUGCAGAGGACAUUUUUGGAGAGCUCUUCACUCAGGCGAAAACCUUUGCUUCUCGGGUAAGCUCCCUUGCCGAGCGGGUCGACCGACUACAAGUUAAAGUCACUCAGCUGGAUCCCAAGGAAGAAGAAGUGUCGCUGCAAGGAAUCAACUCCCGAAAGGCCUUCCGAAGCUCUACCGUUCAAGACCAGAAGCUUUUUGACCGAAACUCUCUCCCAGUGCCGGUCUUAGAAACAUACAAUACCUGUGAUACUCCUCCCCCUCUCAACAAUCUCACUCCGUACAGGGAUGAUGGGAAAGAGGCACUCAAAUUCUACACCAACCCUUCGUACUUCUUUGAUCUUUGGAAGGAGAAGAUGCUGCAGGACACCAAGGAUAUCAUGAAAGAGAAGAGAAAGCAUAGGAAAGAAAAGAAAGAUAAUCCAAACCGAGGGAAUGUAAACCCACGUAAAAUCAAGACCCGUAAAGAAGAAUGGGAGAAAUUAAAGAUGGGACAAGAAUUUGUGGAAUCCAAAGAAAAGCUGGGGCCUUCUGGGUACUCACCCUCCUUGGUGUACCAGAAUGGACGCGUGGGCUCGGUUGAAAACAUGGAUGCAGGCAGCUAUCCACCACCACCACAGGCUGACUCCACCUCUUCUCCUUCGCCUUCCUUCUCUGAGGACAACUUGCCGCCCCCACCAGCAGAAUUCAGUUACCCAGCAGACAACCAGAGAGGAUCUGGCUUGGCUGGACCCAAAAGAUCCAGCAUGGUCAGCCCAAGCCAUCCACCCCCAGCUCCACCUCUGGGCUCUCCGCCAGGCUCCAAACAUGGCUUUGCUCCACCACCUGCCCCUCCACCCCCGCCUCCUGUGGACAUCCCAUCUCCUCCACCACCUGUGGGCUUUGGGUCUCCAGGCACCCCUCCCCCACCCCCACCCUCAUCUUUCCCACUUCACCCUGAUUUUGUUGCUCCUCCACCUCCUCCUCCACCACCAGCAGCUGACUACCCAGUACUGCCACCACCUCCCUUGUCCCAGCCAACAGGUGGAGCCCCACCUCCUCCCCCUCCUCCCCCGCCCCCGGGACCACCUCCUCUCCCCUUCAGUGGUGGGGAUGGCCAACCUGCUAUACCACCACCGCCUUCGGAUGCCAUCAAGCCCAAGUCCUCCUUGCCUGCUGUGAGUGAUGCCCGUAGCGAUCUGCUUUCCGCCAUCCGUCAAGGUUUCCAGCUGCGCCGGGUUGAGGAGCAGCAGGAGCAAGAGAAGCGGGAUGUCGUGGGCAAUGACGUGGCCACCAUCUUGUCCCGGCGCAUUGCUGUUGAGUACAGCGACUCAGAAGACGACUCCUCAGAGUUCGAUGAAGACGACUGGUCCGAUUAACUCUGUCUGCCACCCACUCCUUUGUCUUUCCUUCCUGCCUGCCGCCUUUGCCGCCUACCCCCACAGUCCCAUGGGCGAAAGGGGAGAAAAAAAAGAAUUUUAA